AUGCCAGCCUGCUGUAGCUGGAACGAUGUCUUCCAGUAUGAGACAAACAAAGUCACCCGGAUCCAGAGCAUGAAUUAUGGCACCAUUAAGUGGAUCUUCCACGUGAUCAUCUUUUCCUACGUUAGCUUUGCUUUGGUGAGUGACAAACUAUACCAGCAGAAGGAGCCUGUCAUCAGUUCCGUGCACACCAAGGUGAAAGGGAUAGCAGAGGUGAAAGAGGAGAUCGUGGAGAAUGGAGUAAAGAAAGUGGUGCAGAGUGUCUUCGACACCGCAGAUUACACCUUCCCUCUGCAGGGGAACUCCUUCUUUGUGAUGACAAACUUUCUCAAGACAGAAGGCCAAGAGCAGCAGUUGUGUCCUGAGUAUCCCAACCGCAGGACGCUCUGUUCCUCUGACCGGGGUUGUAAAAAGGGAUGGAUGGACCCACAGAGCAAAGGAAUUCAGACCGGAAGGUGUAUAGUGUAUAAAGGGAACCAGAAGACCUGUGAAGUCGCUGCCUGGUGUCCCAUCGAAGCAGCAGAAGAGGCCCCCCGGCCUGCGCUCUUGAACAGUGCUGAAAACUUCACUGUGCUCAUCAAGAACAAUAUCGAUUUCCCCGGCCACAACUAUACAACGAGAAACAUCUUGCCGAAUUUCAACAGCAGUUGUACCUUUCACAAGACUCAGAAUCCACAGUGCCCCAUUUUCCGACUGGGAGAUAUCUUCCGAGAAACAGGAGAUAAUUUUUCAGACGUGGCAAUUCAGGGAGGAAUCAUGGGCAUUGAGAUCUACUGGGACUGCAACCUGGACAGUUGGUCCCACCACUGCCGUCCCAAGUACAGCUUCCGUCGCCUUGAUGAUAAGACCACCAAAGAGUCCUUGUUCCCUGGCUACAACUUCAGAUUUGCCAAGUACUAUAAGGAAAACAACAUUGAAAAACGAACUCUGAUAAAAGUCUUUGGGAUCCGUUUUGACAUUCUGGUUUUUGGCACUGGAGGAAAAUUUGACAUUAUCCAGUUGAUUGUGUACAUCGGCUCAACCCUCUCCUACUUUGGUUUGGCCACUGUGUUCAUUGACUUUCUCAUCAACACUUAUUCAAGUACCUGCUGUCGAUCCCUUAUCUAUCCCUGCUGCAAGUGCUGUGAACCCUGUGCAGUCAAUGAAUACUAUUACAGGAAGAAGUGCGAGUCCAUCAUAGAGCCAAAGCCGACAUUAAAGUAUGUGUCCUUUGUGGAUGAAUCCCACAUUAGGAUGGUGGACCAGCAGCUACUUGGAAAAAGUCUACAAGAUGUCAAGGGCCAAAAAGUCCCAAGACCUCCGAUGGAUUUCUCGGACUUGUCCAAGCUGCCCCUGUCUCUCCAUGACCCACCCCCCAUUCCUGGUCAACCAGAGGAGAUGCAGCCGCUUAAUGAAGAAGCGACUCCUAGAUCAAGAGACAGUCCAGGCUGGUGCCAGUGCGGAAGUUGCCUCCCAUCCCAGCUCCCUGAGAGCCACAGAUGCAUAGAGGAGCUUUGCUGCCGAAAGAAGCCGGGGCCCUGCAUCACCACCUCUGAGCCAUUCAGGAAGCUUGUCCUGUCCAGACGCAUCCUGCAUUUCCUCCUGCUCUACCAGGAGCCCCUGCUGGAGCUGGACACAGAUUCCACCAACAGCCGGCUGCGGCGCUGCGCCUACAGGUGCUAUACCACUUGGCGUUUCACCUCCCAGGACAUGGCUGACUUUGCCAUCCUGCCCAGCUGCUGCCGCUGGAGGAUCCGGAGAGAGUUUCCUAAAAGUGAAGGGCAAUACAGUGGCUUCAAAAAUCCAUACUGA